UCAAGAUGGCGGCCUCCAUGCAAGGGCCGAUUAGUUCACCAACUCACUACGAUGCAUCAUUUAAAGUUGACAUUCAGAUCCAUCAGCCUCUGUUAUCAAGGUCAACAACAUCAGGGGAUAUCAGAAUUGAGAUGAUCUCCCUUUGUUUUCAACUGGAAACACUGUGCAAGAAAGAGCUUAUUGAACAAACAAGUAUCAGAAACGGCCAUGUCAGCAAUUCCUUCAUUGACAGAGCCACAGUUGUGUGUGAUAGAAUCCAGAAUCUUCUCGGAAAAGUUCCACCCGAGUAUCAGGAUUGUAUGCGAUAUAUCCAGAGUCAGGGUCUGCAGCAGUUGUUUCCCAGGGCCGUAUCCUACCUCCAAAAUCCAGGCACCUUCUCCCUAGAGUUCCAGAAAACUGACCUUGACAAUUACUUGAACAGUGUAUCGAUACUAAGCCAGCUGUCCACCCUUGCCAGACAGCUGCAUGGUGACUGUGUAAACCCAUCAUCCCAUAAAUACAUCGCCCAUCAACUGGCUCUAUUGUAUCAAACGGUGUCGAGUCUGAAGAGUCCAGUGUUUAGCCAGCACAAACAGAGUAUAGAGGAGAUGUUCAAACCCAUCAAAGCCACACUCUCCUCUGCGUCUGAGGAUGGACACUCACGAUGCCUCACGGACGAACAGCAGGAAUGGUUACUUAAUUUGACCAACCACCUAUUAAACACACUGAACUCAUUCCCGGCAGAUCUCACUCACGACAUGUUGCUCCCUGCGUCCAUCCUCCUGCAGAGAACAUAAAGGCUAGCUUUCUCGUACAAGUUCAUUUUUGUUUGGUGCACAUGAUGUUUUGUUUUUGGUUCAUACAAUUAUGUUAUUUAUUUUAUUGUGUUGUUUUUCUACAAAUGGUUUCUCCAUUUAUGAGGGUUUUGUCUGUAGUCAUAAUGCUCCCCCCAAAAAUCUUUGCUUUUUGUUAAUCUUGUAUAAUGAACAUGUAUGCAUUCUUUCAACUGUUGAUCAAUAUGUUUGUUAACAUGUUUCUUUCUAAACAGGUGUCAGAUCAGAUAUUCUUUUAUAUGUACAGAUACUAAUGGCUAUCUUACUGACAGGGCCCAAUCAGGGACAUUUAUCUUGUUCCUGUGACAGCCAUUUUUGAACAUGCAUUAGAUCAUUAAAGGCGUUACCUGCAUUUUUCAAUACUUAUUUUUUGAAUUACUCGUAUGUAUUAGUUAAUUAAUUACAUACUCAAUGUGAAAAAUGGUUAUAAAAUAUUUUAGACAGUAUUCAAUGUAAUUAUUUUCUUUAGAACUGCCUUUGGCUCUUCCAUUAAAAAAUAUAACCCAUUGGGGAGAGCAAUUAUUUAAAAAGAAUAUGGGUGGGUGUCUUUUUUUGCUAAUUCCCAGAAAGGGUAAAUUUGCUUCUGUGGGGGGGGGGGGGCAUAAUUUAAAAGUGCCUUCCCCAAGGGGUUAUAUGUUUAAAUGGAAUAGCCCUGAGUAAUUACAUUCAGUCUAUUGGUCAACUGAUUUUAAAGUCCAAUCACAACACUCAGAUUUUACUAUUACAAGUUUAUCUAACUACAAAAGAUAGUGAUUGAAUACCAACCAUGGAGAUUCUGCAAUUUUCAUACAUCUGAUAAUAAACUUUAUAAUAAAAUUUACAUACAUGUACUGUACAUUAUUGUGUGAAAUUUCAGAAAAGUGUUCAUUUAUGUUAAGGAAUAUUCACUGUUAUGUUGUUUUAUCGUUUAAAGUAUCUAGUUACAGAAAAGAAGACAGGGAAGCAUAGUAAUGGGUAUAUGAAAUAUAGUUUCACUUUAAUUACUAGAAUUUCUCCUGUUCUGCUGUAUUUAUGAUCAAAUUUAUAAAUGUUAGCAUUUACUGUUCCAAUAUGACCUUAUAAUUUAUUUGCAUAAUACGAUAGAACCGUCCAUAUUUUCAGAACACGUCUUUUCCCGUACAAAUCGACAUCAAAUUUUCAAAAUUGUCAUUAAAAAUUAUGUAUUGAGAGCAUUGAAACUAGCUUAAUACUUUUCAGUUAAAUACUUGUUUUGCAUAAUUUCAGAAGAUGUAUGUUCUUGGUUUAAUAUAUCACUCUACAUAAAGCGUUUAAAAUAAAAUGUUUGUUUCUGGUUUUAUGUACCUCCAAAAAAUCAAAAAAAAUCAUGUAGCUCAUUUUUCUAAGGCAAAUUGUCUAUUGAGAUUUUUCUGUUUCUUAUAACAAUAAGUUAAAUGCUAAAGGUCAUAUAAACAAUUUUCCCAAUAACAUCUCCAAACAAUAGGGUGCAGGGUAGGGUAGGGUAGGCAGGCAUUACAUUUUUAUAUCUAUAUAUCGAUCAAAAACACAAAAAGAGUAGGGUAGGGAUAAAAUUGUUUCGAUUGGUGCAUAUUUUUUUAUGCUUUAUUGAUUUCUCAUGCAUUUAUAUGUAUGAACAAUUCGAUCAUUUUAAGUGUAAUCUUGUUCAUGUAGAACAUGAAUAUGAUUUUGUGGUUUAUCAUUAUGGAUUUAUCAAUCAUAUAUAUAUAUGCAUUCACCUUAUUUUGUGUGUGGAUAUAUUAAUUAGUGCAAUAAACGA